AUGGAGGAUAAUAGCCCAUACAAGGACGCCAUUUCGGCAAUCGAUGGAUUGCUCGCAUGCUACAUCUACCUUGACAAGACAAACUCAGAGAUGAUGGCCACUUUUCACGAUGAUCUCUGCCGUCGAAUCGACCGCUACUGGGAGCACCUUCGGCAAAUUGCAUCUUCUCAGACUACACCUAGCCUCACUACUCUCUUUAAUUCUUUUAAUUCUUCAACACAAUUCUACGAGGUAGCUAUCUUCACUUUUCGCAAUGUCCUGGUUGGCGCCAGACCAGAUUCCCUUAAUGCCAUCUUCUCGCUCUGCAGUUUGUCCUACAUCGCUUCAUGCUGCUUGCAAAACCACGACAAUUUCCGGGACAUGAAAGUCUGGCGAAAUGCGAUUCGCGAUCCCCAAGACCGUCAAACUUUCAGUGAUUUGGCCGGCGUUGUUUGGCCGCAAGUACCAUCAAUCUCAACUGAUGAUACCCCCAAGUCCCAGAUGCCGACAAUCAUGCUGGGGGCUUCUACCUACCAAAGCCCAUCCACUCAAAAUUCAGCACUUGGAUUCGGCUUUAUGCAAAAUGAAUCGCUGCUCAAUGGUUUGCCCAAUUACUUUUGGAACCUUGAUGCAAUACCCGAUUCGCCGGCGGCGAUUGGCAUCGAGAACUCGCAGCCAACUUCGAGCAGUCUCCAAGACUUACAAGGAUCAGCGAUCGUGUCUAACCUUAUCUGCUUUCUGGCAGAAUGUGGGGAGCUGCUUCAUGUUUUCUCUGGGCGUGGGGUAACAACCAAGGACUUGUACUCCUGUAUCGCCUUCACCCAAAGGGGAUCUGAGACUAAGAAUCUGGUUAAUUCUUGUGUACAACGUUUGAAGAGUGCCGAUGCAUCCCAAAAUCCGUGUACGGCUGGAAUUGUAUCCAUUGUGGAGAGAUUCGUCGCGCUGGGGUAUUUGCAGACCCCAGAAGAGCUGCGCAAGUACAUGCUCUGCAGGGUUAUUCCUGAAGACGAAGCUUUUGCAGAGUUUUGCCAAUCGGUCUGUGAAUCAACAGCCACUGUUACGAGACCUGCAACGCCUCCACGUGGAGGAGGCAGACGCAGAGCUCUGGGACCGAGAUUGAUCCCAGGUCGGGAAAUCUCGUGUGACAUAUGCGGCCAAUUAUUUUCGAGGAAGUACAACAAGAACCGACAUGUCGAGGCCAAACAUCCCUGGAUCCAUCCCAGCCCGGACGCUGAUGUGUUGGUCCAGGGUAGUGUGCGAUUGACAACUUAG